ACCAUGGAGAGUGCUUGCUGUUGGAAUAUAUUUUUUAUUACGAUAUUCUCGUGUUAACUUUGUGAUAUUUUCUUUUUUUAGUAUGUACAUUGUAAUAGUAAAGUUUGUUUUAUUAUUAAAGACGAUGAAUUUGCGUCACAUUAUUAUCAUUCGUUAAAAAGAAGAGAAAUUUCAUUUUUCUAACAAAUUGUUUUAUAAAUAUUUCAGAAUGAAUGGAGGAAUGGAGCAUAGAACUCCAGGUCAUAAUGCUGUGCUUCACAAAGCACCUAAAAACUAUAAAUUGCUCAUGGAUCCGUGCCUUGUUAAAGGAGCAACAAAAUUGUACAGAUAUGAUGGUUGUGUGCCUGGAGACGCCAGUUAUCCUCCGGUUCAGUGCAGAGAUCCCAGGUCGCAGCUAUCAAGAAUAUGGAAUAAGAUAGAAUCAGCAGAUUUGCCAAUUCCUAGGUUUAAGAUAGAUAAAAAUUACGUAGGCGUACCUCCUCAAGUAGAAAUUACAAUCGGGAAUUUAAACGACAACAUAGAUAAGGCGUUUUUGUCAGACAUGAUGAAUAAAGUUGGACCAUAUGAAGAAUUGACAAUAUUUUACCAUCCCGUUACUCAUAGACAUUUAGGUUUUGCAAGAAUUGUAUUUCAAGAUGUGCAGUAUUCUAAAAUAUGCAUUGAAAAAUACAAUGGAAAAUCAGUCAUGGGUCAGGUGCUGGAGGUAUUUCACGACCCAUUUGGUAAGAAAUGUCAGGAAAUGUUUGAGGAUAAGACAAUGGAUAGAAAGGCUCAGCCAGUUGCAACAUCAACUUCGAAACUGUUAAUACCGGAAGAUGGUCGCUUGCCCAAGACGGAAGUGCUAAGUAAAAGACUUGAAGAUACCAAGUUGACUGAUAAGGUACAGGAGGGAUACUCCAGAUACAAGGAGGAACACAGUGAUAGUAACACGCGCUGGUCUGAUGAGGAGCGGGAGUACAGACAUAGACAUCGCAGCCGCAGUGAGCGGGACAGAGAUAGAGAUGGUGAUAGAGACAGAGAUAGAGAUAAGGAACGGCAUAGAGAGCGAUACGCGCGUAAUACGAGCGACAACGAGACAGCGUAUGCGGCAUCGAAUCACGGAUCUAGCCACGCCCCCACACCUACGCCGAGUCAUACCGCAACGCACACCGCACCGCUCGCCGCACCGCACACAGCAACGCAUACCGCAACGCACGCCGCAACGCACACCGCACCGCACGUCAGCCACCCAGCCGCAAUGCCGCCCGCCCUGCCCACUGAAGUGCCUUACACACCCACAGGACCGUUACCCUAUGACCCCUACUAUCAUCAACAAAGCUACGCCUAUGGUUAUGGAGCGAGUCCUGCGCCGGGGGCGAGCGGUAUGUGGUGGGAUUGGAGACAUCCUCACCACCCCUCGCAUCAUCAUACACCACACUCGGAGAGGCGGUCGGAGUCGUGGCCGACGCCCACAGCGACCGGCAAGCGCUCCCCGGAACCCAAGCCCAAGAAGACUAAGGAAAAGGAGUUGCCAGUGGAGCCUAAGAGUAUAGAAACGGUGGAGCCCCCGCCUCCGGGGGUGGGUAGUGAGGGGGCGCCUGAACCAAAACCUCCCCCACCAGCUGAAGAGCCGAAAAAUGUUGAUCUCGACACUAGGAUCGCGAUGUUGCUCUCCGGCGCGAGCGCGGGCGGAGGACUUGCGCCUCCUUUCCUCUCGCUUGGCAUAUCCUCGGAGGAAGAAGAUGAUGAGCGUCUGCCCGUCAACAUACCGGACCUGGACACGCACCAACCACCAUCUGAUGAUGAAGGAUCAGAGAGUGAAGACAGAGAGAGUAUAUUAUCAUUGAACUCAAAGAAGGAUGUGAACCCAGAGCCGCUGUCGACCACACCCUCGCCCUUCCUAAACAGGGACUACUACCUCGAGUGCCUACAGGACACUAUUGAAAGGAGAAUUAAAGAAGAAGAACGUAAGAAGUUACUAAGCGUGGAGAUGGGAGAUAAAUUGGGAUCAGAUAUAUCGUCGUCUGAGGAUGAGUUGCUGACCGGCGAGGAGCGGCGCCGCUCACCCGCUCCCGCGCCUGCCUCCGCUUCCGCCUCUGCUGCUCCCUCCGCCUCCGCCUCCGCUCACGCCUCCGAUAAAGACAAAGAUAACCUUGAUGAUGACCAGAUGUCGCUGUCAUCUCUAUCAUCGACGGAGGCUAAAAUAGAGGAACAGGUGCCGGUGGAGGGAUACUUUUACCCCGCGCCCCCGCACCCGCACACCGCGCAGCCACACCCACAUGCGCACGCGCAUCCGCACUACUACCAGCACAUGUGGCCGCCUACAGCGUACCAUCCGCCGGCGUACCCGGGGGCGGGGCCGGGGGCAGAGAUGGCGUUGGCGUACGGCGGCGGCUACCCCGCGCCCGUGAUGCCCCACCACUACCCACACCACGCCUACCCCCAGCCCGCACAACACGCACAGGAGUUAGACAACCCUUACUUCUCAACAAUAAAUAGGGUGAUAGAUCGCGUCACGACGGAAUUAAAGCAAAUACUAAAGAAGGAUUUUAACAAGAAGAUGAUUGAAAGCACAGCGUUCAAGAGUUUCGAAGUAUGGUGGGACGAGCAGAGCCGGAAAGUGCGAGCGCCCAAGACAAAGGAGGAGGCGGGCCAGCCGUUACAGGAUAUCUCAAAUAAGAAAGAAGAGACAGUGGAUUCCAUAAAGUCUAUAAUGGAGUCUAGAGACCUAGGUCUAGAACUAGGUGGGUACGGUGUCGGUAUUGGCCUAGGUCUCCGUGCCACAAUACCUAAAAUGCCUAGCUUCAGACGCAAGAGGAAAAUACCUUCGCCAGUUGUUAUGGAUGAAGACUCUUCAAAACGUCUUAGUGAUCAGGAAGAAAUGGUGCAGAACUCUGACGAGGAGAAGGAAGUUCCCACCAGUCCGAGGAGUAGGACGACUGGUUCUUAUCUCUCAACCAGCAGGAGACGGCAAUCCAGUAGUUCGUCCAGGUCAUCAUCAUCAUCAUCAUCUCGGUCGUCAUCAUCAGACUCUGUGUCUGCGGGCAAGGGUGCUGCGAUUCGCAUCUACUCUGAUUCCGACGAUGAUUCCGAACUUGAUGAGUCUCAGUUCAAGGUUGUGGCUAAUAAUAAGGAAAGGCUUAGAAGGGUCUACUCAUCGUCUUCAGACAGCGAAGAGGAACAGAGCAGGAGAGAAAAAACUCCAAUACCGCCUGUGGAGAUGGACGAGGCGGGCGAGGAGUUAGCACCGAGCUCUGAGCGGCUCGGCUCACCAAUACUCUCGCCGGAGGAGGAACCUCGUGACUUACUUCUCGAUCGGGUCUACUCUGACUCAGAAGAGGAGAGAGAAUACCAGGAAAGAAGAAGAAGAAAUACAGAAUACAUGGAGCAGAUCGAAAGGGAGUUCCUAGAAGAACAGAGAAGAAAGUUGGAAGGCGACACGAGGCCAGACAAACCGCCUGAUGAUGGUAAAUUAGACAAUAAGGCAGAAGAAAGAAGUAGUCCAUUGAAGAAUCAUUUGAAAUCACCUGAAAAAAGUAAAAAGGCGGACGUGGAAGAGGGAGAGAUCACGUCAGAUGAGGAGCCGCUUGAGGUUCGGCGGAAGAAGGAGAAGAAACAGAAGAAGAAAGAAGAUAAGAGACAGAGAUUGGUGUCUGUUAGUGAUGAACAUAGUUACACGGAAUCUGGCAUCGGUCUCAAUGGUGUUAAAGAUACAAGCUGUGCGUUGUCGGAGACUUCCUCGCCGCAAUCCCAGGCGUCUCAAGCAUCGCAAGCAUCACAAGUCGCGCUCGACCACUCCUACUGCCGCCCGCCGCCUGACCUGCAGCCUGCCACGCCCACCACACCAACCACGCCCACACGUCUCUCAAACCAUCUGCACCACGACCAUGGGUACACCUGGAUGGCGGAACCGAAGAGCGAGACGCAACAGGAAGAAAUCAAGCCUAAGAAAGAGAAAAGACCUUACAAACGCAAGCAUGAGACCAAGAAGUUGGCGGAGAUACAAAACAAAUUACACGAGACGGUGGAAAGCGGUGCGUCAAGUCCCGAAGCGGUAUCACGGGGUAUGACGUUCCCGGCGCGCGACAUGAUGGCGGAGAUGCAAGUGAUGUACGAGUUCCUGACACGUGGCGUGGACCGCGAGGACGUACGUCUGCUGCGGCGCGCGUACGAGGCGCUACUGGCGGAGGACGCGCACGGCUACUGGCUCAAUGACACGCACUGGGUCGACCACCCCCCCACUGACGUCGUGUACGCCCCGCCCCCCCGCAAGAAGUACAAGCGUCAACCCAACAUGUAUGAAGACCUGCAGGGCCACUCUAGCGGUGCAGCACGUACUGAGGGCUACUACAAGAUGGAGGCGCGGCUGAAGGCCAAGUACAAGUACCAUCACGGGCGCGGAGCCGCGGGUGAUGACAAGCGUCCCAGCAAGAUGCAGCUCUCCCGCGAGGCGCGCUCCAACCAGCGCAGGCUGCUCACUGCAUUCGGUACUGAUACGGACUCGGAUCUGCUCAAGUUCAAUCAGCUAAAGUUCAGAAAGAAGCAGCUGAAGUUCGCCAAGUCUGGUAUACACGACUGGGGCCUGUUCGCACAGGAGCCGAUAGCUGCAGACGAGAUGGUGAUAGAAUACGUGGGUCAGAUGAUCCGGCCGAUAGUUGCGGAUGUACGCGAGGCUCAGUACGAGGCGACAGGCAUCGGCAGCUCAUACCUGUUCCGUAUAGACCUCGACACUAUCAUAGAUGCAACCAAGUGCGGCAACCUCGCGCGAUUCAUCAACCACAGCUGCAAUCCAAAUUGUUACGCAAAGAUAAUAACGAUAGAGUCUCAGAAGAAAAUCGUGAUAUAUUCAAAGCAACCUAUAGGAGUAGACGAGGAGAUCACUUACGACUACAAGUUCCCUCUAGAAGACGAGAAGAUACCCUGUCUGUGUGGCGCGCCUCAGUGCAGGGGCUUCCUCAACUAAACCACGCCCCUCGCCCCGCCCCUCGCCACGCCCCGCACAGGGGAUGAGACAAAUCGGACAGGAAACGAGACAGUGCACAAAGGAAUCCUUAAUGUCAGUGCUUCUUGGAUUUUUUAUGUUGGACAUGUGUAAAAUCUUUUGGUUCAGUGUUUUUUUUUAAAGCUUUAGUUAUAAUUUUUCUUAUUGAAAUUCGUUAAUACGCUUUUUAAGUAAUUAUGAAGACUAAUUAAUUUAUUGGAAAGUAAGAUUCAUAUCAAAUACAAUUCGAAUCGUUUACUCUUUUUUGGGAAAGCUAAGGGAAUAUUUUAACAAUACGCUGAUAAUUUAAUAACUGUUCUUAUGAGAAAUAUUAUUUUUAUUGGCACCAUUUUUAAGGAGUUUGUUAAAUAAAAGCACAAUGUAAAUAAUGAAAUAGUUAUCAAAGAAAAUGGUGGUGGAAAGCAGUGACUGUUUUUUUCAAUGUGUCAUUAUCAUUAUGUCGCUUUGAAUUCGAAUUAGUAUAAGAAAGUCACUGGAUGGCUCAAUAUUGAUGUAAUAGAAACAAAAUGUUGCCUAACAUCGAUGGAAAUUAGGUCUAUACAGAUUGAAACUAGAUAAUAGACAUUCACAGACUUUGGUGGUAAAAAUUGUGGUCUUAUUUUUAAUACUUUAUAGUACUCAUCAUGAAUUAAUAUGUGAAAUUAGCAAUAGUGUUUUGUCUCUUUCGCACUUAUUGUCUCGUAAGCAUCUAUCUCGCUCAUAUUGUAAAAUGACAAGUCUGUGAUGGAGACGAUACGUUUUGUCUCUUUCUCACCUGUGUUCGUGGUUAUAUAUCUGUCUCGUUCACUUUCUGAAAUGUUUAAACUGUGUUUGGAGCUAAAUUCAUACAGUUUCGUGAUGAGUAUUCAACAAACAGGAAUGAAAUAUUUAUUAAAUCUUGUUCCGUAUGAAUUAAAAAUGGCGAUGUGUAGACCAAAAUAUUACUAUAAAGUUCUAUGACGGAAUUCAAAGAACUGUCCUGUAGACCAAAAAUGUGUCGCAAGAUCCUUGUCUUAUUUUCUUGUAAUGUUUGUUCUUUUAUUAUAUUUUCUAUGUUUAUGUAGGAAUCUUGUGAUACUUUUUGAGAUAGACAGAGGGCGCUAGUGGUCUGUCAUAAUUUAGUUUGACUUAUGGCCAUAGUGGGCAUAAGUCAAACUAAAUUAUGACGGAUUAAGUCGGAUUGUGACAAAGGUUCUUACCGAAGAUUUGUAAUACAGUGACACUUGUAAUGAGACUAUUAUGUAUUAAUACAGAAGAGAAGAGAAGUAAUACAGAAUUAUUCCGGUAAUACUAUUACUGCAGUAAUUCUACGGUAAUAUAAUGUAAUCUCAAAAGAGGCAAGGUUGUAUGUAAUUAUUAAAUUAUGUAAUAUUUCGCAAGGUAGAGUCGAUUUGCAAUUUUGAUAAAUUUUUUUUAUAAAAUUUGCAAAGUGAAGAUUAAGUGCCGCAUUCAGUUAUUUAAUGGUUAAACAAUUGCUUGGUGUUAAACUAAAGGAGAUCCUUAGUGGACAUUUAAUGACUAAUUGCGGUAGUAUCUGUUGUUUAGUCAGUCUGUCUAGAAUCUAGAUUUUGUCAAAUAGCUCUUCCUAUAAAGCGAUGUUUACGACAAAUUCUGACGAAUGUAUAUUUAAUAUAAAUUUAUAACAUUUUUUUAUGUAUUGAAAAUAUGAAUUUGUCUGUAUGUAUGUAUGGAACGUGUCUAGUAUGAUAAAAUCCCAGUGUAAUUUGACUAAAUCAGUUCUUGAAAUGUAAUCAAUUGUUGCUAAACUUGACUGAAUCUAAGAUAAUUUACUAGGUAAGUGUGUUUUUAUUGUCUUAAAACUUGUAUAAAAACAUAGUCAAGUCAUGUUAAGAGUUGGACAGAUCGGACAACCAAUCGGCCCAAUAUGAAUUUUCCUUUCCCAUUGGACCGAUUUAAUUCAUAAAAAGACCCAUUGCUUUCAUUAAUAAAAGUAGAGAAAAUAUUUUUUUUAUACAAGUUUUAUAAUAGUUUAAUUACACAGUAAUCUUAAGUUGCUGAUACAAAAACAUAUUGAUGUCUCAAUUUUUUAAAGGAAAAUGAAAGAGAUGACGAUAUGUUUCUGUUAAUGUUUCGGCAGUGUAAACAUCGGACAUAAUGCUGUAUAAUUUCUUGUACAUUAUAUCUUUGUGAAUAUUAAAAAUAUAGUUCUGCUUGUCAGAUUUUAGUACAUGUUGUAAGUACAUGGCAUUGUUUGAUAUCGGAGUGUUCUGUCUGUAACUUCAGUGUCCUGUCUACAUUAUAAAUUUAAUCUCUGUGAGAGAUGCUCUGUGAUGGGAUAUCAAAUGUAUACCAGACUCUGAUCUUCACCUAAUGUAAUGUAAAAUGUAAUAAGAUUGUAAAUAAACGAUUCCAAGAAUA